ACAUGAAGAUAUACUAUUCCACACAGAGAGUGCAAAAACAAACACAGCAGUUACGCCCUCUUUCUCUCUCCCACCCAUAUCCCCAAAACCUGCCUCUGUCAUCUGUGAGAGUGGCUCAUACCAUAUCAUAUCACAUCUUAUCCAGACAAAACAACUGUUGUAUAUGGAUAGGUAUCAGAGGGUAGAGAAGCCCAAGGCAGAGAGCCCUAUAAACGAGAACGAGAUACGCGUUACUUCUCAAGGAAGGACGAGGAAUUACAUCACCUACGCCACCACUCUCCUUCAGGAGAAAGGAUCUAGUGAAAUUGUUCUCAAAGCAAUGGGACGUGCAAUAAAUAAGACUGUAAUGAUUGCUGAACUGAUCAAGAGAAGGAUUGUUGGUCUGCAUCAAAACACCCAAAUUGGAUCAACUGAUAUAACUGACACAUGGGAACCACUAGAAGAAGGCCUUCUUCCUUUGGAGACUACUCGCCAUGUUUCAAUGAUCACAAUUACCUUGUCAAAGAAAGAAUUGGAUAUGUCAUCCACAGGAUACCAACCUCCUCUUCCAGUUGAUCAAGUAAAACCUUUAAAUGAAUAUGAUGAGGAAGGAGAAGGCUCACCAAGGAUACGAGGAAGAGGGCGUGGUCGUGGAAGGGGCAGGGGUAGAGGAUUUUACAAUGGGGGUAUGGAAUAUGGUGAUGGUUGGGAUGGUGGACGUGGCUAUGGUGGAAGAGGGCGUGGUCGUGCAAGGGGGCAUGCUUUUCGGGGACGAGGACGAGGACGAGGCUAUGGUGUGCAGCCAGUUGGUUACUAUGACUAUGGUGAAUAUGAUGCUCCACCUCCACCACGUGGCCGUGGCCGUGGAAGGGGAAGAGGCCGAGGCCGUGGCCGGGGAAGGGACCAGGUACCAGCUGCUUGAUCAAGUGUUUGUUGCUUAUCAUGUAUAUGUUAAGUUAGAUGUUGCCUCUCUGUUUAGUUCUUUGUGAGAUUUACUUGUAUUUUUGGUAUUAUUUGAAGCGUUCAGUGUUGCAGCCAUGUUUCUGCAGUUUUGAUGUAGUGUUUACCCCCUGUAACCUGUAUAAUUUUGCUACGUUGGGUAGGUUAAGUUAGAUAUGUUUUCUUUGUUUAAAGACUCGUAAAAAUCACAAUUGUAAAAUUUUUUAAUAGGAAUUGUUGCAGUAAGCUAAGUUUGAUUUACUA